CCCUCACGCUCUUUCUUCACCUGCCUGGAGCCAAACACACACACACAGGAGGCUGGACUCACUCCACCCUGACGGUGACGGUGCUCGGUGCCUCAGAGAGACCUGGUGGGUGACGGACACCCGACAGACCCUGAAAGACCCCCCCCCCUGGACCCUGAAAGACCCCCUCACCCCGUCAUGGCCCUGUCCAGACCGGAGCAGCUGCUGGCCCACGAGCUGAGCUGCCCCAUCUGCCUGCAGAUCUUCUCAGACCCGGUGCUGUUGCCCUGCGGACACAGCUACUGUCUGGCCUGCAUCGGUAAGACCCUGGUCAAGGGGCCCCAGGGAGGGGCCCCCACCGCCGACAGGGAGCUGGCCCCAGAGGCCCUUAUGCGUUGCCCCGAGUGUCGGGAGGAGUUCAAGGGACUGGAGACGCUGAGGAGGAACUUCAAGCUGUGCGGCAUCGUGGAGGGCUACCGCGCCACGGUUAAGGAGGAGCAGGGGCCCGGGGCCAAAGAGGAGCCAGGGGCGGGGGCCAUGGAGGUGCACGGGCCCAAGGAGGGGCGGGGGCCCAAGGAGGAGCAGGGGCCAGGGGACAAGGAGGAGCAGGGGCCUGGGGCCGAGGCUGCGGCGAGGGCCAGCCCCGGUCUGGACGUGUUCUGCGACCACUGCAUCGAGGGCUCCGUGCGGGCGGUGAGGACCUGCCUGAGGUGCGAGGUGGCUCUGUGCGAGCGGCACCUGCAGAAGCACCAGGAGAAGAUCUCGUUCAGGGGCCACGUGCUGGUGGCCCCCCAGAGGGAGGUGGUGCCCCAGGCCUGCCUGCGCCACGGGGCUAGCCUGGAGUACUUCUGCUCCAGCGACAGCCUGCUGCUGUGCGCCAGCUGCCUCCUGGAGGGCUCCCACCUGAACCACGACCUGCUGAGCUUCGACGUGGCCGAGGAGGAGAUGAGGCGGGCGCUAGAAUCCCGCAGCAAGGCGAUGUCGUGCCAGCUGCAGAUCACAGGGGGCCUCCUGCAGAGAGCGGCGGAGGAGCAGGGAGCCUCGGAGGCGGUGGGGGAGAAGCUGGUGUCCCGGGCCGCCAGCCUCAUGGACAGCAUGGCCGCCCUGGUCCAGAGGUACAGAGAACGUCUGAGCUCCCUCCUGGAGGAGGAGAGAAGCUUGAGGAGGUGCAGCUGGCAGCAAGGCCUAGCCUCGCUGGGAGAGCAGCAGCACACCCUGCAACAGGCCCAGACGGAGGCCAGCCAGGCCCUGAGCGAGGCCGACAAGUGCCUCUUCGUAAACAGGUUCCUGGGUCUGGAGCCCCAGAUCCGGGCGGCCCUCAGCCCUUCCUUGGACGCGAGCACCCAGCUCCCCUCCAAGGCCCCGCUCAACUUCCAGAGGCUGCAGGCGGGCCUGCGCGGCCAGGACUUCCACGGGGAGAUGAUCCUCCUGCUGGACUCCCUCCACCUGGCCCUGAACCCCCUGGAGCUCACCUUCAACCCCCACACCGCCCACCCCAGCCUGCUGGUGUCCAACGACCUGCGCACCGUGCGGGCCGGCCCGGCCCGGCAGCCGUACGGCGAGCACCCCGAGCGCUUCUCCAGCGCCCCCCAGGUGCUGUGCAGCCAGGGCUUCUCGGGGGACGAGCACCUGUGGGUGGUGGAGGUGGGCGAGGGCAGCAUGUGGUCGGUGGGGCUCAGCUACAAGAGCCUGCCCCGCCGCGGCGACCACAGCCGCCUGGGCCACAACAACGUGUCGUGGCGCCUGCAGUGGAAGAACCGCAAGCUGACGGCGUGCCACGCCUCGGCGAACGUGGCGCUGGCCGAGCACGCCGGCGGCCCGCCGCGGCGCGUGGAGGUGGCGCUGGACUACGCCGCCGGCUCCGUGACGUUCCACAGCGUCAAGGGCCCGCGGGAGCACCUGCACACCUUCAGGACCACCUUCCGGGAGCCCGUGUACCCCGCCUUCAGCCUGCACUCCAGCACCCCCGAGUCCUGGAUCACGCUGCAGAGCGGGAUGUAGGCCACCCGCCCGCCGGUAGCCCAGCAUGCACCCUGGCUGGCUGGCGUCGAUGGAGCCGCAGCGCUGAGCGCCGGGCGCUCUGUCUCUGUGCGGGUCAACACCAUGGUGUCAGAUCCAGUGGUGUGUCUAGCCGGGGCUAGGGGACGCCAUGCACUGUUCAUCCCGAAACCUUAGAGGGACGUGAUGGUCCUCUACUAAUAGCAGGGAAGCUAAGCAUCCUUGGGCAAGAAACCUUAGCCCACACCACCACCAGUAUCUGUACUGUCUAACCCCUACCUGCUCCUUAAUGACCUGUCUCUGUACUGUCUGACCCCUACCUGCUCCUUAAUGACCUGUCACUGUACUGUCUAACCCCUACCUGCUCCUUAAUGACCUGUCUCUGUACUGUCUAACCCCUACCUGCUCCUUAAUGACCUGUCUCUGUACUGUCUAUCCCCUACCUGCUCCUUAAUGACCUGUCUCUGUACUG